AAGGAGUGGGAGCAACAACAAAAACGGAGGCUGCAAGAACAGCAACAAAAAGACCUGAAAGUCCUGCAAGAACAGCAAAAGAGACAAGACCGUCUUCAACGGAGACAGCAACAAGAAGACCUGAAGUUCGAGCACGAACAACGAAAACAGCGGCAAGAAGGUCGUAAGGAGUGGGAGCAACAACAAAAACGGAGGCUGCAAGAAGAGCAACAGAAAGACCUGAGGGUCCAGCAAGAAGAGCAACAAAAAGAUCUGAGGCUUCAGCAAAAGCAGGAACAGAAACGAGAGCAGCAAAAAGAAAACUGGCUACAGCAAGACUUGAGGCUCCAUCGAGAAGAGCAACAAAGACAAGAUCGGCUUCAGCAAGAACAGCAAAGAAAACAAGACCAUCUUCAACAAGGACAGCAACAGGAAGACCUGAGAUUCCAGCAAGAACAACGAAAACAGCGGCAAGAAGGUCGUAAGGAGUGGGAGCGACAACAAAAACGGAGGCUGCAAGAACAGCAACAGAAAGAUCGGAGGCUUCAACAAAAGCAGGAACAGAAACCAGAGCAACAACAGCAACAGAGACAAGAUCGAAUCCAGCAAGGACACCAACAGAAACAAGAUCAGAUCCAGCAAGAACGGCUACGGAAACAAGGUCAAUUUCAGCAAGAACAGCAACAAGAAGACCUGAGGUUCGAGCAAGAACAACGAAAACAGCGGCAAGAAGGUCGUAAGGAGUGUGAGCAACAACAAAAACGGAGGUUGCAAGAACAGCAACGAAAAGACCUGAAGGUUCGGCAGGAAGAGCAACAAAAAGAUCUGAAGCUUCAACAAAAGCAGGAACAGAAACAAGAGCAAGAACAGCAACAGAAAGAAUAUCGAAUCCAGCAAGCACAGCAACAGGGAGAAGAUCGGAUCCAGCAACAACAGCAACAAAAAGAAGAUCAGUUUCAGCAAGAACGGCAACAGGAAGAUCUGAGGUUCGAGCAAGAACAACGAAAAGAGUGGCAAGAAGGUCGUAAGGAGUGGGAGCAACAACAAAAACGGAGGUUGCAAGAACAGCAACGAAAAGACCUGAAGGUUCGGCAGGAAGAGCAACAAAAAGAUCUGAAGCUUCAACAAAAGCAGGAACAGAAACAAGAGCAAGAACAGCAACAGAAAGAAUAUCGAAUCCAGCAAUCACAGCAACAGGGAGAAGAUCGGAUCCAGCAACAAAAAGAAGAUCAGUUUCAGCAAGAACGGCAACAGGAAGAUCUGAGGUUCGAGCAGGAACAACGAAAAGAGCGGCAAGAAGGUUGUAAAGAGUGUGAGCAACAACAAAACCUGAGGCUGCAAGAACAGCAACGAAAAGACCUGAAGGUUCAGCAGGAAGAGCAACAAAAAGAUCUGAAGCUUCACAAAGAGCAGGAACAGAAACAAGAGCAACAACAGCAACAGAAAGAAGAUCGGAUCCAGCAAGCACAGCAACAGGGAGAAGAUCGGAUCCAGCAACAACAGCAACAGAAAGAAGAUCGGAUCCAGCAGGAACGGCAACAGGAAGAUCUGAGGUUCGAGCAAGAACAACGAAAACAGCGACAAGAACGUCGUAAAGAGUUUGAGCAACAACAAAAUCUGAGGCUGCAAGAACAGCAACAAAAAGACCUGAGGGUCCAGCAAAAGCAGGAACAGGAACAAGAGCACCAACAGCAACAGAAAGAAGAUCGGAUCCAGCAAGGACAGCAACAGAAACAAGAUCAGAUCGAGCAAGGACAGCAACAGGGAGAAGAUCGGAUCCAGCAACAAGAGCAACAGAAAGAGGAUCGGAUCCAGCAACAACAGCAACAGAAACAAGAUCGGAUCCAGCAACAACAGCAACAGAAACAAGAUCGGAUCCAGCAAGCACAGCAACAGGGAGAAGAUCGGAUCCAGCAACAACAGCAACAGAAAGAAGAUCGGAUCCAGCAGGAACGGCAACAGGAAGAUCUGAGGUUCGAGCAAGAACAACGAAAACAGCGACAAGAACGUCGUAAAGAGUUUGAGCAACAACAAAAUCUGAGGCUGCAAGAACAGCAACAAAAAGAUCUGAGGGUUCAGCAAAAGCAGGAACAGGAACAAGAGCAACAACAGCAACAGAAACAAGAUCAGAUCGAGCAAGGACAGCAACAGAAACAAGAUCAGAUCGAGCAAGGACAACAACAGAAACAAGAUCAGUUUCAGCAAGAAGAGCAGCAAGAAGACCUGAGGCUACAGCAAGAACGGCAGCAACAACUGAGAUUGCAGAAGCAAAAGCAGUGGCAGCAACAACAUGAACAACAAUUUCAAGCACUACAAAAGACGCAUCAAAAUUUACAGUUUAUACAAAUGCUACAAACACAACAGGCAGCAGCGAGAAUGGCAGUAACUCACAUUGUACCAAUAGCAAAUAUGACACAACAAGAAUGCAGUGCAUUACAUUUGUCAAGUUCCAUGAAUUUUGUGGUAAAUCCCACAAAUUAUGCAAUUCCAAUACCGAUGAUUGGCUAUCAAACAGCUCUGAAAAUUUCGCAAACGUUUUCAAGACCUUUUCUGACCUUCUCUGUUGCCAAUACUGCGCGUGUGGUUAGCCCUCAGCUAUCGAUUCAGCCAAUUAUGAGUGUUACUCAAUCAUCAGCAAUAGCAAAUGCAGCUUAUAUCAUUGAUGAUAAUAACUGUGAAUACGUUUAUAAUCAUUAUGGUAGAACUAGUCAUGAUGCCAACAUUCAUAAUGAUAAUGAUAGUACGAAUGGUUGUGUUAGUAUGGAUGAUAAUGACAAUUGCGAACUUGUAUUCGCCCACAUUAAUGAUGUUUCUUGGACUCAGUCAUUUAUUGAAAAUCUCAUAGAUUCUGGAAAAGUGAUGAGCUAUGUACGCAAUGAAACAAAAUUUAGCCUUCUCCGAGAAAUUCUCGCAAGAGGAGAUGGUCGCAUUCAGCAGUUGUUUGAAAAUUAUUUCUUAAGUCCAAAUAUUUUUAAAGAAGCCAGUAUAAACAAGUACGGCAAUUUCCUCGUACAGCAUUUACUGGAAGUAUCGUUUUCUCGGCAUCGUCAGUGGAUUUUUACCAUAGUUUCAAUGAAUAUCGUAGCAUUAAGUGUUGGUCGAUAUUCUUGUCGAGUCGUGCAAAAAGCACUGGACUAUUUUAAUGAGGCGGAGCAUUUGGUGCUCAUUGGUGAAAUGAUUGGAUCAGAAAUAGAACUAUCGACAAAUCCUAAUGCUAACCACGUUAUUCAGCUUUAUUUUUUACGGAAGAACAAUAAAAAGUUUUUUCAGAAAAUAUUAACUUCUGUCUCAUUUUGUGGAUGCAGGUUUCUAGUAAGUAAAUUUUUGGUAUCAGUGGAUGCGUUCAUGAAACUUGUUAAGGAUAGAUAUGGAUGUCGAGUCAUGCAGCUAUCAGUCCAGAAGCUGGAAGAAGAAAUAGCAUUGAAGUCGGAACCAUCCGCUGUUUUGUUAAUGGAUAAGCUUGUCUCUAUGAUUAUUUCAGCGUGUCCUUAUCUUGCAAUGCAUGAGUAUGCCAAUUAUGUCGUUCAAACGAUAAUUUCAUUGGACACAUCAGGAAGACACCGCGAUGCCAUAAUACACAAACUAGUGUUUUACAGUGAUGGAAAUGGUCCAGUACAAGCUAUGCUUUUCAAUUGUUUCGGGAACUACGUCAUGCAAGUAGUGUUCGAUAUAGCUGUGGAAUGUAGAAAACAGAACGAUAGGCAUGGAAGACUCUGGUUUGAUCAAUUGAUUGUUUCAACCGAUCAAGUGCUGGGUCAAGAUGAAGCUCUGGUUGCCUUCCUUCGGGGCUUAGGGUAUACGGUGUUGCAAACAAAUGUGAUUAACUACGACUAGUU